CAAUACACCAAAACGUGCUUCAACUUUAUAUUCUCUCUUUUUCCUCUGUUCCGAGACAGAGAGAGAGAUGAGAGAGAGAUGAGAGAGAGAUGAGAGAGAGAGCUUGACUCAGUUACACAAACAUCAACCCUCCAACCUUUGACUUUGUCUUUCCAACCAUCUUCCGCCAUUUGCAUUGCGCCACCUUCUGAUUCCGCACGCACGCUCGCACGCAACAGCCAUGCGCUGGUUACCCUUCUCUCCUUCCGCCGACCACCGCAAGAAGGCCUGCCUAUUGGGGAAUUCCUCCAAGAAGCGCGCCUGCGACGACUCCUCCUCCUCCUCCUCCGUCACGCCUCUGCCGUUGCCCCUGCCGGAGCUCGCCGCCGCCGCCGUUGUUCUCCGCCAGAGAGACGCCGAGUGCCGCCUUCCCUCGCCCAAGGAUGCUGCGCCCGCCUCCACCUCCACCUCCGGAUUUCGGAUGCGCAGUGUUUUUGCUAGCCAAGAGACAAGAAGGAAUAUGGAGCAGGCUGAAACUAGGUCAUCAAGGAUGGGGAACCAUGAUGCAAGUGGUUGUUGCGAGAGUGCUCGAGAUAAUAGUAAUAAUAGUAAUAAUAAUAAUAAUAACUUGUUGAGUAUACCUGGUAGGAGGAGUAUUUCAGGUAGUCCUUCAAUGAGUCCACAGAAAACAAAGAAUGGUGAUUUUGUGCCAUAUUAUUACGUGAGUCCCAAAGGAAAUCAGCACUGGUCUGCACCAGAAAUGGCUACCUGUGAAGCAGGGUUGCCACCUCCUGCAUUCUUUGAUUUAUCUGAAUCUUCUCCAACCUCCCAUCAAAGUCCACAGAGAAGAAGUCCUCGGCGGCAACACAUGAGAACCUUGAGUGGACCUGCAUCCCCCAUCCAUUCCAUGUUAUCGCCCGAGACCUCAACGGCACGCCGCGAAAGUAAUGCUCCUCCUGUCAGUGUUCACCCCUUGCCCCUGCCUCCUGGGGCUGCCCUGCCUUCGCCUUCUGCUGCCACCGCCUUUUCCCAUGCCCUGGCUAAGUCAGAAUCGUUGCCAAUGAAAAGCCAAUGGCAGAAGGGGAAACUUAUUGGCCGUGGCACGUUUGGAAGUGUCUAUGUUGCGACCAAUAGGGAAACCGGAGCAUUAUGUGCAAUGAAGGAAGUAGAACUACUUCCUGAUGAUCCGAAAUGUGCAGAGUGUAUAAAACAGUUGGAGCAGGAAAUUAAAGUUCUUAGCCAUCUUAAACAUUCAAACAUUGUGCAGUAUUAUGGCAGUGAAAUAGCUGAGGACCGAUUUUAUAUUUAUCUGGAAUAUAUUCAUCCUGGUUCAAUAAAUAAAUACGUCCGUGAACAUUGUGGUGCCAUAACAGAAUCUGUCAUUCGGAAUUUCACUCGCCACAUUCUGUCAGGGUUGGCUUAUUUACAUAGCAAAAAAACAAUUCAUAGGGACAUCAAAGGAGCUAACUUGCUUGUUGACUCUGCUGGAGUUGUUAAGCUUGCUGAUUUUGGGAUGGCUAAGCAUCUAACUGGGAUCGAAGCUACUCUUUCUUUGAAGGGAAGUCCAUACUGGAUGGCUCCAGAGCUUCUGCAGGCAGUGAUGCAAAAGGAUAGCAGCCCUGAUCUUGCUUUUGCUAUUGAUAUUUGGAGUUUGGGUUGUACCAUCAUUGAAAUGUUCACAGGGAAGCCUCCUUGGAGUGAAUAUGAAGGAGCCGCAGCUCUGUUUAAGGUUAUGAAGGAAACCCCCCCUAUACCUGAAACAUUGUCGUCUGAGGGUAAAGAUUUUUUGAGGUGCUGCUUUAAAAGAAAUCCAGCAGAGCGACCAACAGCUGCAGUUUUACUAGAACAUCGUUUUUUGAAAAACUCACAACAGCCGGAUGUUUUAUCUUCCACUCAGCUGUACCAUGGAACAAGCUUCAUGGACAAACCACAUAGUCCCAGUGGACAAUCUGAGAAUAAAUAUGAUCAGUCGUUAAUCCCAUGUGCAAAGAUUGCAAAGGAGAAAGCAGCUGAGAGGCGAGGAUUUCUCAUUACUUCGUUAGAUAUUCUCCCUGCAUAUUGUCACCAAUAACGUAAUUCUGUUCUCAGUCUAUUGCCCCACCCUUUAUGCGCCUUUCUUUUUCUCUGCUGAAGUCGGGAAUCAUCUGACAAUAACUUGCACAUAGCAGUGGUUUCAGUGUUUUUUUUCUUCCCUCUACUCUUGAAGCAGUUCCUUCACUGUACAUUGGCUUUUAAGGUACAACACACACGGUCCAGUAGCAUUGAUUGAUUGUCUGUGAGUCUGUCAUGUCAAAAGAUUGAAAAAAAAAAAAAAAAAGGUUCUUUUCAAAUUCUGCGCUGAGGGAAGUUAUCUUUAUUUAUGCCAAUGACAAGGCUCCAUUGUAGUACUAUAGUAUACAGGGACGCUCAUGCAGUGACUUGCAGCUGCUGCCGUCAUAGGUUCUUUUGCUUAGUUUAUCAUUGAUUAAAGUGAAGAGCUUCUCCAGUCUGUGACUGUAAAUUAUGCUGCACCGAUAAUAUAGCAGCAGUUUUAGAAUAAUAUUAUUUUACUUAGAGCGCUGAAGCAAUUAACCUUCUAAGGUGCAUAUUUAUGCCUCCAUCUAUAUUAGGAUGAAAAACAAUAUUAUGUAGACAUUAGUGUGCAGCCGUCUCGGUUUCAUGGGGAUUCUGACUUGGCUGCUUAAGUUAUGUUAGAUUUGUUAAUAGUAAUAACACUAUCAAAAUAUUCAAUUUUGCACUUUAAAAAGUUGUACUCCAACAGGAACUGCCACAUGUGCCCAUAGGAUGGAAGAAUAAAUUGUUGAGGCAUUUUCUUUGUGUA